AUGAGUGGUAUUUAUAGUGUUCAAAAACGUAUUCAAGACAUAGUACCAAAUGCUCAUUUUGUACAUUGUUGGGCUCACAACUUGAACUACAGUUCAGCUCCUAGAUGGGCUUUAUUAGCGUUAGGAGAAGAAAAUAUCUUAAAAGUUCAUAAAGCUGUUCUUAAAAAAGUAUGCGCUACAUGUUGGGAAGCUCGAUACAAAGCUAUAUUUGCUUUAAAAGAAAGAUUUAAUGAUGCCCUGAUCACAUUAACAAAAAUUACUCUUACAACUACUAAUGGUGAUGAAAGAAAUGUUAGCAAAAGUAUACGGUCCAAAUUGGAUUCUGUAGAAUUCAUUUUACUUUUAUGUUUAUGGGAAAGAGUAUUGAGAAGUAUGCAACGUGUUUCAAAAGUAUUACAAAGUGUUGAUAUAAAUAUUCAAACUUCUUGUGGUCUCCUUAAGCAAGCAAUUGGAUCAUUAUCGGAAUUGAGACAGAACUACAAUGAUAUUGUUAAUAUUGCCAAUGAUUUGUGUUCUAAAUGGGGUAUUUCAUCUAAAUUUCCAUCAAAACGCUAA